AUGGUGGAGGAGAAGCAGCUCACAGCAUGGCUUGGCACUAGAAAGACAACACUACUGAACUACAUUUUAACGGAGCAACAUAGUAGAAGAAUAGCAGUUAUUUUAAAUGAAUUUGGUGAAGAAAGUGCAGUAGAGAAAUCCUUAGCUGUAAGUCAAGGUGGAGAGCUCUAUGAAGAGUGGCUGAAACUUGGAAAUGGUUGCCUCUGCUGUUCAGUGAAGGACAGUGGCCUCAGGGCUCUUGAGAAUUUGAUGCAGAAGAAGGGGAAAUUUGAUUGCAUACUGUUAGAGACCACUGGAUUAGCAGAUCCCAGUGCUGUGGCUUCUAUAUUUUGGGUUGAUGCUGAACUAGGGAGUGAUAUUUAUCUUGAUGGUAUCAUAACAGUGGUAGAUUCAAAAUAUGGAUUAAAACAUUUAGCAGAAGAGAAACCUGAUGGCCUUACCAAUGAAGCUACUAGGCAAGUUGCUUUAGCAGAUAUCCUCAUCAAUAAAACAGACUUGAUUUCAGAAGAGGAGUUAAACAAAUUAAGAACAGCCAUUAGAUCAAUAAAUGGACUAGGACAAAUUUUAGAAACACAAAGAUCCAAAGUUGAUCUCUCUAACAUAUUAGAUCUUCAUGCCUUUGAUAGUCUCUCUGGAAUAAGUUUUCAGAAAAAACUUCAGUAUGUGCCAACAGUACAACCUCACCUUGAUCAGAAAGAAGGGAAAACUAUUGUUACAAUCACAUUUGAAGUACCAGGAAAUGUAAAGGAAGAAAGUCUAAAUGUAUUGAUUCAGAAUCUCCUGGGGGAAAAGAAUGUGAGAAACAAGGACGAUCACUGCAUGGAGGCCAUAUGGCUAAAGGGGCUGGUGUCACUCAGAGACAAACCACAACAAAUGACUGUCCAAGGUGUCCAUAAACUCUACGACCUGGAAGAGACUCCAGUGAGCUGGAAAGAUGACACUGAGAGAACAAGUCCAUUGGUCCUUAUUGGCAGGAAUUCAGAUAAGGACAUCCUGAAACAACUGUUUAUAGCUUCUGUAACAGAAACAGAAAAGCAGCAGACAGCACAUUUCAAAGAAAAUCAAAUUUGUCUAUAA